ACGCAAAUCCCGAGCAGAGCAGCUGCGGUGAAAAAGAAGACGCGAAUCCCGAGCGCUGCGCAGCAGUCGCAGAUCAGUAGAUCACACCACAGGCCGCACAUCCACGCACAUGCCGAGGCCUCCUCGGUCCACAAGAUAAACAAACCCCUGCAGGAUCGCCACCGCUCCAGCCGAGCCCAACACCAACCAUCGCGCUCACAGAGCAGAGCAGCAGAGAGCAGCGAGAGCCUCCGCUCUCUGGUUGCUCUCGCAGCCGGUCAGUCCUCACCUCGCCACUCACUCACUAGACCGCGCGGGACACCUUCUCACCGGCGUCAAGCAAAGGUCCGAUCCUCUCGUCCACCUCCGUCCAUGUGAGUGACACCACAACGCUGGUUCCAAGGUCUCGCUCGCCCGGUGGCCGGACUUGCAGAAGAAGAAGAAGAAGAAGCUAGGCGCAGCGGCUGGCUGCAGAGUCCGGCGCGCCGGGAGGGAAGGCCGAGACGAGACGACAUGGGUCUGCUGUCUCACCGGGUGGAGCGGUCGGAGAUCAAGCCCGGCGACCACAUCUACACCUGGCGCGCCGGCUACACCUACUCCCACCACGGGAUCUACGUCGGCGGGAGCAAGGUGGUGCACUUCACGCGGAAGAAGGAGGCGGGCACGGCCGGCCUGGACUCGGCCAUCGCCGUGUCGAGCCUCCUCUCGCGGGGCCCCGACGGGUGCCCGACCUUCCCGGACUGCGGCUUCCAGCGCCCCGGCAGCGGCGUCGUGCUCACCUGCCUCGACUGCUUCCUCCGCGGCGGCGCGCUGCACCGCUUCGAGUACGGCGCCCCGCCCGCCGUGUUCCUCGCCAAGCUCCGCGGCGGGACCUGCACCACGGCGCGCGCCGACGGCGGGCCCGACGCCGCCGUGCGCCGCGCGAUGCACCUCCUCCAGAACGGCUUCGGCGACUACGACGUGUUCGAGAACAACUGCGAGGACUUCGCGCUCUACUGCAAGACGGGCCUCCUCCCCGCCGCCGCCGGCGACGACGGCAUCGGCCGCAGCGGCCAGGCGGCCUCCGCCGUCGCCGUGCCGCUCGCGGCGCUCCUCUCCACGCCGUUCAAGGUGCUCGCCGCCGGCCCGCUCGGCAUGGCCGCCGUCACCGCCGGCGUGUACUGCGCCGGCAGGUACAUCACCGACAUCGGGGUGCGGAAGGACGUCGUCAAGGUGGAGGUCGAGAACCUGGCGGCGCACCUCGGCUGGCGCCGCGCCAAGGCUGCUGAGGAGGCCGUCAAGAAACAGCAGCAGCAACCGCCGCCGCCACCGACGCCGGAGAAGAAGGCCAGCAGCAGGCUGCUCCCUCUGAAACGGAAACGAGAGAUUUGCGUCUGAUUUUGCGUGGAUAUAGCUUGGGUUGCAUAGAAACCAGUAAGUGUACUGUGGUAUAGGUAUCGAAGCGUCUUCAUCAAGCGUGCUUUGAUUUGUUUAGUUGAGCAUCGUACGUGAUCGUUCUUUCUCACGAAAUGGAAGAUUGGAUAGGUGCAGUUUUAUAGUUUGCAUUAUGCACUACGUAGUCAGUUGCUAGGCUUAGCUCAAGAGUUCAUCAGUAAAUGGUUUGUCAUGCUGGCUACAUAAUUUCUCCAGCCUACUGCUAUUGAUGACAACAAGAAAACAAUUUGUAUACCCUUCCAAACUAUAGUAGGUGGUUGUCGACAAACAGA